AUGAGAAGGACUAAAACAUCAGAGAACGGCGUCGUUCAGCAGCGACGGUCUCUCAGUGACGUUGGUCUUAAGUAUCUAGCUACAAUGGCAACGCACAGAGAAGCAGAUGACGAGUCAGAGUUUGUGACGGCUAAAACGUCAGUCUGGUGGGACGUAGAGAACUGCGGUGUCCCAAAAGGUUGUGAGGGCCAUAAGAUUGCUUUAAACAUUAAAUCAGCUUUGGAGAAAAUGAAGUAUUGUGGUCCGGUCACCAUUAAUGCAUAUGGUGACAUUAAUCAAAUGAGAUUCUCUGUUCAACAAGCUCUCUCCUCCACGGGCGUAUCACUCAACCAUGUCCCUCCCGGAGUUAAAGACGGGAGCGACAAGAAGAUCUUCGUAGACAUGUUGUUGUGGGCAAUGGAAAACAGAGCUCCUGCUAACAUUAUGCUGAUCUCCGGUGAUGGAGACUACUCUUAUGUUCUUCACCGAUUGAGGAUGAUGGGGUACAAUGUUCUUUUGGUACGACCUGAGCAUGCAUCUCGCUUUCUAAUUGCUGCGACAAAUACAAUAUGGUUAUGGAGGAGCAUAGUUGCUGGUGGCUCUGGGCCUCUGGCUCUGGCUCCAAUGCUCUUCAACAAGCUGAGCCUAGGAAGAGUAUGAACUCAGAUUUGGUCGUUUAAAGCAAAGAGUAGCAAGAGAUUAUGUGAAAAAGGGAAAACUAUGCAGUCUAUGCUUGUUUAUUAUUGGG